AUGCCCCGCCGACGCCGCCCUCCACGGCCUGGUGCGCUGGCCGACCUGUCCCCCACGCGCAUUGCAUCCCAGAUUGUGCUCCUGCAGGCCGCCUACUACGCCUGCGCCGCGGUGCUCAUCCUAUUCACGGCUCUGGUCGCCGGCAAGGAGCUCAGCCUGGACCUGAUCUUCAACUGGGAGACGCUGCGCGGCGACACCACCGUGGGCUGGACCUUGGGGCUGGUCUGGGUGCUGAACAGCCUGACCAGUGCUAUUUUCAUUCUCCUUCUCAUUGCACGCUCGAAGCUCGUGCUCGACUUCGCCCUCACCGUGCACUUCAUCCACCUGAUCGUCACCUCCGUAUACACGCACGCGAUUCCCUCACACCUCUUCUGGUGGGCCCUGCAGGCGACGAGCGCGACCAUCAUGACGUCUCUCGGCGUGUGGGCGUGUCAGUGGCGCGAACUGCGGCCCAUUAAUUUUGGCACUAAGAGCACGAAGAGCACGAAGCCAGCUGACGACAGCGCGGGCGAGGUCAGAGGGUCGGGGAGAGGCAGGGGGAGAGAUGGCGGCGGGGAGUACGAGAUGGCCAACAUGAACGAUGGCGACAACGUCUGA